AGAGGGGAGGGGCCGAAUGCACGGAAAGCAGAAUCAAAACAACGAGACACGCCUUCUAUCCCUGGCUGCAAACACAGCCACCCAUGUCCCCGGGCUCUGGGCACCCUGCAUGCCUCCCUGCCUGAAGGACAGCACGUAGCGCUUGUUUCCAGCCAUCCGGCCACCAUGGAGGCCGGCGGGGCGAGCAGCUGAAGGCUCUAUGCGCUGAGCUGACUGCGGGCUCCGCAAUGCCUAACGUGAAGAACAGCAAGGGCAAGAAGAGCAAGCGGGCGAACAGCAGCGGGGACGAGCAGGAUAAUGGAGCCACGGCGGCGGCGGCGGCGGCGGCUGCAGUGGGAGGCAUGGCAGCAGCCCCAGCGGGAGCCGCAGCUGCACCCUCCUCAGCGCCCGCUGCAGCAUCGGCGGUAACGCCACUGGCAUCGGCAGCACCUCCCAGUGACAGCAGGAAUGAAGCUGUUUGUGCUACUCCACUUAUUUGCAGUCUAGGUAGACCCGUUGACCUAGAAAAGGACGACUACCAGAAGGUCAUCUGUAAUAAUGAGCACUGCCCUUUCAGCACAUGGAUGCAUCUGCAGUGCUUUUAUGAAUGGGAGAGCAGCAUUCUGGUCCAGUUCAAUUGCAUUGGCCGAGCACGCAGCUGGAAUGAGAAACAGUGUCGCCAGAACAUGUGGACUAAGAAGGGAUAUGACCUGGCUUUUCGGUUUUGCUCCUGUCGCUGUGGCCAGGGCCACUUGAAGAAAGAUACGGACUGGUAUCAGGUAAAACGAAUGCAGGAUGAAAAGAAGAAAAAAUCUGUUCCUGAUAAGACCACAGGUAGAUCUAUGUCUGAGUCUUCAGAUGAUGUAAAGAAAUGUCGUGGGUCAUCAAAACCUCAAAAAGGGAUGAACUUUGACCCUCCACGUAGACAUUCUGUGGACAGACAGAACUCCCAAGAAAAGGGCAGUGGCGGUUCACAUGGGCUCCGUUCUCCAUGUGUUUCUCCGGGUCAGUCCCCUCCAGCUGGCUAUCCUAUCCUCUCCCCUUCUCACUUUAAUGUCCCCCGCAGUUCUAGAUACUUAGGUGAAUUUUUAAAGAACGCCAUUCAUUUGGAACCUCACAAGAAGAAUCUUGCCACUGGCGGAAUGCUCAGGAAUACUCACUUUGACUACAGUAUUUCUGGAUUGCAGGCUCAUAGGGCCGGGCGUCUAGAUGCCCCAGUACAGUUUCUCCGGAGACUUGACCUUUCAGAAUUAUUAGCUCAUAUACCACGCCAUAAACUGAAUACUUUUCAUGUACGCAUGGAAGAUGAUGCGCAGGUUGGGCAAGGGGAGGACCUACGAAAAUUCAUCCUAUCGGCCCUCAGUGCCAGUCACAGAAACGUAGUCAACUGUGCUUUAUGCCAUCGGGUCCUCCCUGUAUUUGAGCAGUUCCCACUUGUGGAUGGAACAUUAUUUCUCAGCCCCUCAAGGCACGAUGAGAUUGACUACGACGUACCUUGCCAUCUUCAAGGACGACUUAUGCACUUGUAUGCUGUCUGUGUGGACUGCUUAGAAGGUGUUCAUAAAAUCAUCUGCAUCAAAUGCAAGUCUCGAUGGGAUGGAAGCUGGCAUCAACUGGGAACAAUGUAUACUUAUGAUAUAUUGGCAGCUUCUCCAUGUUGCCAGGCCCGUCUGAACUGCAAGCACUGUGGGAAGCCCGUCAUCGAUGUACGCAUUGGAAUGCAGUAUUUUUCGGAAUACAGCAACGUUCAACAGUGCCCUCACUGUGGGAAUUUAGACUACCACUUUGUGAAGCCAUUUUCCUCAUUCAAAGUACUAGAGGCCUAUUGACGAAAGCUUUGUUUUAUUAAUAGCCAUUUUAUAGGUAUUACUACUUUGUUACAUAUCUUUUAUAGGAAAUAUUCUGUGAGAAAAUAACUUUUUGUUUUCUAAUUCUAAAACUAUUGCAGCAUUUUUCCUUUCAGUUGUUACUAAAUCCUGUACAUAGUACUGGUAUUUACAAGUUCCCAUUUUUAAGUGGGAAACGUAACAUGAAAAUGUGACGGGUGAAUGUAAGUCUACGCCAGCAACGUGUAUUCUUGUUUAAGUAUUUGGGGAUAGCACUGUAAUUUCUAUUUAAUUUUUUGCCCCAGCGACUUGGCACUUAAAUGAAAACAAAAAAAAAACUUUCCACCAAAGCAAAUUUAGAUAUUUUUAAAAAAAUAAAAUUGAUAUUUGAAGCCAUUUGCUUUUUUUCGGUAGGAUUUUUUUCUAGUUGGACAAAAUUCUUGCAACUUUUUUUUAUUUUUUUAAAUAUUUUUUAAAAUGUUAUACAUUAAAACUACCCUUAUGAAUCCUUAUGAUUAGAGGGAUGCAAAAAGUCACUAGUUUUAAUACCAACAUCCUAAUUACUGUUAUGGUAGACUAUAUAUUUUCACGUAGGGCUCAUGCACAGAGCCGUAACUGUUUUUGCGGUUCCUCAAAACACAGAUACCGGCCAUGUGCGUUCUGCAUUUUGCUGAAUGGAACGUCCUACCAUCUAUAGAACAGCCCUAUCAUUGUCCAUAAAACGGACAAGAAUAGGACUUGUUCAGUUUUUUUGCGGGGCCACGGAACAGCUAUACGGAUGUAGACCGCACACGGUGUGCUGUCUACAUCUUUUGUGACCCCAUUGAAGUGAAAGUUUUUGCAAUUCGGAUGCAGAUCCAUUCAUGUACACAAGACCUUAUUGAGUUUAGAGGCUCUUUUGCAACCAUCUUUAUUAUUGCCCUAAAGAAUUUGCAGUAUAAAAGUGAAGCAACUUUGUGUAUAGGUUUGAAUAAAGAUGUCCUACAGCUUUGCGUAUUAAGCUCUUGGUUACAGACUACAAAUAAACAGUGCGGCCUGAUUCUGCAGUCAGGAGUUGCUCCUCCAUCUUCCCUUCUUCUUGCUAACAUGAUGACAGUAUGAGAAGGGGUAGAGGGAGUAAUACCCAACAAAUAGUACUGCCUAGGAGUGUUUUUUUCUAGUCCCUUUUUAUUAUUGUAGAUGCAUUUGAAGCAAUGUAAAAAAUGGUGCGUGCAUUGCUGCUAAGUGGAUGGAUAACCCACUUUGACUAUUUGCUGCUCUGCACUUGCCUAUCCAAUAGAUGAUACCAGUCCACUCCAUUAGCAAACUGUGGAUGUGGUCCUGAAGUGCAGAGGCAUCACAUCCUAGGAUGUGACAUAUUAGACUGAAUUAGAACCGAUGCACAUGCAUUAUGCACAUUUUUCUGAAGUUCAUGAAUAUACUGUAUGGCAAGGACCUAACCGUCAAUGUGUAGGAGCACCAGAGUGAGUGUGCUGGACAUUGAAAAUGCAGUUUGAGCUGUGGGGAACAUCUUGUAGAGUAGGAGAAGCUGAGGAGAUUUAUAUGUGGUUUUGUUGGAAACAGUUUAUUAUGACUUGUCAUUUAUUCAUCUAAAACUCUGAGCGUAUGAGUCCAGUGGGUGGUACUAUUCAACGACUGACAGCCUUUCCUGUGUUGGUGUACAUAGAGAACAGACCGCUUACUGGACUUGUGCGCCCAGAAUGACCAGUAAAUGACAAGUAACAAGUCUUUUCCCAAAAACUGUGUAUCGGUCUGCCCAGCUCUUUUAAGCUUUAUGAGUUGCAACCUGCAGAUCCUAUUGAACUUUCAAUGCGACAAAUUCCCUUUAAUUAUCCUAUGUGUUAGGGUACAUCCACAUGUAGCGAAAUAGCUGUUGAAAGUUUUUGCAGCUUUUCUGCAAGAAUCCGCAGGAAAAUUGUGGUUUGGGUAAAGCUAAAUCAAAUUGUGCAGGUUUUGGUGCAGAUUUGCUCAUGGAUUUCACCUGUGGAAAAAAGCUGAGCGUCAAAAGUAAAGGAAAAAAAAAGCAUUCUUUCAAUCUCCCCUUUCACUUCGGUGCCUUCUUUGCCUGGUUUCCUGGUCCUCUCCUGGUCUCUGUACAGCCUGGUCCCAUGUGACUGACAAUGCAGCCUGUGAUUGACUGCAAUGGUCACAUGGAAGUGGGUGUCAUUACAGGAAGCCAGUUGUAUAGAGACCAGCAUGGCAAUGGAGGCGAGUAUAGUGUUUUUUAUUUAGGGCAUGCGGAUCCAUAGCAAAAUAUGUAACAGUUGGGGUGUCUAAAUCUGCAACAAACUUGGACCAUAAAUUUACAUACAGUGGGUUAAACCACUUUAGGAUCUGGGCAUGCACCUUCAUUUGUAGGUGCCAGUUGUAUUAUAUAGCUGGCUCCCUGCUCACACUACUGGGAUCAGAGAUAACCCCAAUCCAGCAGUUUAACCACUCAGAUGCCACGCUUAGCAGUACAGCAGCAUGUGAGCAGUGACACUGAGGGGAGGGAGCCCCCUGUGUCCUCCGAUCAACACCUGUGAACACAGUCACUGAGUGCCAAGUAGUUGGCUUGUAAACCAGGGGCCUGUCAUGUUCCAUCCACUCCUACACCCUGCCUCUGGCACGAUGUAAUAGAAUGCUUAUUAGAAUACCAAUACACUGUAAUACAGAAGUAUUGCAGUGUAUGGUACAAGCGAUAAAACUAUGGAGGGUUCAAGUCCGCGAAGGAGACUUUAAAAAUUAGAAAAAAAAGUCCAACCUUUUUCAGUUUCACAUGUAUAAUUUUUUUUUAAAAGGGAUGCAUAAUUGGAUUCACUGCAUCUGCAAAGAUCCAGUCUAUUAAAUUAUCCCAUUAUUUUACAUGCACGGUAACCCUCAUUUAUCCAAAAAUAAAAAAAACGGAAUUUUGGGCAACUCCUCUUAAAAAAAAAAAAUAAUUAUUAAAAAAUAUUAUCAAAAUUCCUCGAACAGCUCAUUCGGCAGAAAAAUAAGCAAGUUAUAGGUAUCCAAAUACGAAUUUUGAAUUUUACAAAAUAGUAAACCCUCACAAAAACCGUCUAAAUUUGGUAUCUCCAUGUUCGCACUCACUUGACUCGAAGGAUAAAGUUAACAUGUCAUUUCUAUCAUGCAGUGAAUACCGUAAAAACUGAAUGUUAAACGCUAUUGUGGAAUUUUGUUGCUUUUUCAAUACAACCCCAAAAUGGUGGCAUUGAAGAAUACAACUAAUCCCUCAUAUGGCUUCCGAAAUGUGGAGAUGAGAAAACUUAAAUGUACCAAACUAGGCUGUGUCCUUUUAUACAAUGUGUGGGUGAGAUUUGUGCAAAACUGGUACUAUAAUAUCCUGCAGAUUUUCCACGGCAACUCCAUUACAUGUGGACGCUCCCUAAGAUUUCCCUUAGAAAGCCUAACCUGUUUAGUCUGUGUAAAUCCCCCAGAAACCAACUAGGCUUUACUAUUUGUUUGUAUGAUCACUAAUUUACCAGUGGGAGGACUUGACACUUCUUUGUUUUAAACCAAUCAGUUUUUUAAUUAUUGUAAUUCUGGAAAGCACUGAUUUAUUUUUUUUAUUAAGGUGCUCUACUUGUUUAUUGUGCCACAGAAAUUUGAAAAGUGUUUGUUUGAUUUAACAGCAUUACCUUACAGAUCUUGGGUUUGAAUAAAAGAACAAGCAGAUAAAAAUGGUUGAAUAGAUUGCACAGAUGAAGCCAUGACAAUCUCGUGAAUAUAAUAAAAGUUCUGUUAUAAUCUAA